AUCAAAAACACGGUUUCUUUAAUGGGCAUGGAUGAAAAGUUCGUUGACUUUCCUAUGAGAUGUUUAGAAAGAAAUCUCUUGGUGUACCAAAGUAAUGCCACUCAAAAUCAGCCAUCACAACCUCCUGGGUCCCCUCAAGAUCAUCCCCUGGCAGAUGAUCCAGUACCAGCAGCAGAGUUAGCACCUCUACGCAGUCUUCGUAAACCUCCUAAAAAGUAUGGUUUCACCUCUCCCUUAUCCUUGACAACAACUUUGUCAUCUGUUUCUAUUCCUUCAUCUUAUAAACAGGCAAUGGAGCAUGAAUGUUGGCAGAAGGUUAUUGAAGCAGAACUCUUAGCACUAGAAGAAAAUCAGACAUGGGAUGUUGUGCCAUCCCAUGUCCCCCAUCUAUUAAACCUUCAACAACAAGUUUGUGUUUUCAAUUAAACUCCGUUCGGAUGGAUUAAUCGAUUGUCACAAAGCCCGGUUGGUUUUGCCAGGAGUAAGCAAGAAUAUGGACUUCACUAUGACGAGACUUUCGCAUCAGUAGCCAAGAUGACCACUCUGCGCACAAUUCUAGCCCUCGCUGCAUCUCAACCUUGGCCUUUACAUCAAAUGGAUGUCAAAAACUCAUUUCUCCAUGGAGACCUCAAGGAGGAAAGUUUACAUCAAACUUCCUACCGGUGUGCCCACACCACUUAAUAUGUUUGUAGACUAAAACGUUCUUUAUAUGGUUUGGAACUGACACUGAGUGUAUGGUUUGAAAAGUAUAGAUCCACACUAGGUUUUUCAUUCACACAGUCAAUAUGAUCCAUCCCUUUUCCUACAGAGGGCUUCUACAGGAAUUGUUGUACUACUUGUUUAUGUGGAUGACAUUGUGGUGACUUGUUCUAAUGAAGAGGCUGUUUCUAGAAUUAAACAAUUGCUGGAUUCAACUUUUCACAUGAAAGAACUUGGCCGACUCAAUUACUUCUUGGGUUUAGAGGUGCAUUAUGAACCUACAGGCAUAUUUGUAAAUCAACACAAAUAUAUUCAAGAUCUGAUUGAGCUAGCAAGCCUCACCAAUUCAACCGCUGUUGACACCCCAUGCAAGUUAAUGUAAAAUAAGCCUAUGAUUGCAUAAUUAUCACUCUUCCUCAUGUUUCAACCUCUAUUCAGAUUGCAGACAUAUUCACCAAAUCAUUGACACGACAACGUCAUAAUUUCUUAGUUGGCAAAUUGAUGCUGGUAGACUUACGAGCAUAAUUUGAGGGAGGUGUCAAAGGAAUUAACGAGGUAAUAUGUUGGUCAUUGAAACCAGCAUUAAUUGACAAAAUAUCUGGUCAUCAAAACCAGUUGGACAUUUAAAGUCAGCAAAGUCUAUGUAAUUGUAAUUCUGAUUCUUUAUUGUAACUGGUAUUCUCUUUUAUUAGGAUACCCAACAGUAGAAUAAGUGUAUAUGUGGCAGUUUAACUAAUUUAUAGGGCAGAAUAUCAGUAUGUAUGAAACAAUAUAUAU